AAAUUCACCAUUAUUCAACUAGUCAGUAUCGAGUCACUGAGCUGUUUCUGAUUAAUCAUUAUAAUCAAGCAAAUGUGAUAAAAUAAAUCUGAUAACUGACAUUUCACACGUUAUACUGAGUAAAGUUUAGUUACCUUUUCCAGGUCCUCCGAUCCGGUCGAUUAGAGGAGAGAAUCGCGUACAAAAAUAAUUUCAAGGUUUAAUUAUCCUUCGCAACAACUAUGUUACCAAUAGUUGGACUAACUGUGGGUUUUAUUUCCACCUUAAUCGGGCUCACCACUAGUGCCAUGUACGAUGGGCACAGCAUGCUUAGAGUUACACCACAGACCAAGCGACAAGAAGAUCAUUUAAGGGACCUGGGUAAACAUCAAGGGGUAUCAUUUAUUGGAGGUGAUCCUCUUGUUGGGGAUCAUUCCCAUGUAAUUGCUUCCCCACAAGUGUUGGAUUUUGUGUUGGAAUCUUUGAAAAAAUUCGAAACUGAGCAUCUUCUAACUAAUCCUGAUGUAGGAAGGUCAAUCCGUUCUCAAAAGGUCAGGACUAGAACGAAUGGAGGGAUAUAUCAGUUGGGACGCAUACUACGAUUUGGACUCGAUCAACCAAUACCUGACCGUUCAAAGUGUCGGACAUCCUGACCUCGUGACCCUCACAACGAUCGGAAAAUCGUUCGAGGGAAGGGACUUAUUUCUCCUCAAAAUUAACAAUGGCAGCACCACGAAACCAAUUAUAUGGAUUGAUUCUAAUAUUCAUGCCCGAGAAUGGAUUUCAUCCGCGGUCGGGCUCUAUUUGAUCGAUCAACUCCUGAAUAGCCCAGAUAUUGAGAUUCAAGCUUAUUUGGACGAUUUUAAUUUUCACAUUUUACCCAUGGCUAACCCGGAUGGAUUCGUUUUCUCUCAUUUAACCGACAGAUUUUGGAGGAAGACGCGAUCAAACACUUCCGCAACGGCAAUAAAUGGAUGCCGUGGCGUAGAUCGGAAUAGAAAUUUCGACGCCUACUGGCUAGAAAACGAUGGGGGUUCUAAAGACCCCUGCGACCUUUAUUUCGCUGGAGACGCCGUUUUCACGGAGUUGGAAUGCAUCGCAAUUGCGCAAUAUUUAGACUCCAUCCGUGCCAACCUUAUUGCUUACAUAAGCCUGCACAGCUGGGGGCAAAACGUUUUAAUUCCGACGGGACGAGAUUCUACGCAAAUACCGGAAUAUAAUGAAUACAUUAGAAUAGCAAAUUUGGCCGCGGCAGCCCAUCAAAUCCCACAUAGCAUGAUUUACACAACCGGAAGUGUGUUUGAUGUUUGGCACCCGGCCCCAGGGACCAGUAUGGAUUGGGCGUACUUGAAUUUCCCAUCCGCCAAGAUACAUCUGACCUAUGAAUUCAGGGACAAAGGUCAAUACACCGUCCUUUUACCCGCAGAUCAAAUUUUGCCGCAAUGUGAAGAAUUCAUGGCAGGGAUUAAGGUUUCGUUAGGUUCUAUUCUAUUUCUGCAUUGAGGGCGAGGCAAGUUACGUAGAUAUUGUCCCAUUACAUAAUUAAAUAUUUAACUAUCAGAAUUUACUUUCGUUUUGAAAGAUUUAAUCUUUUUUUAACAGUAGUUACAGUGUACUGCAUAAUCAGAGACAGAUUUAUUAUUUAAAAUAAUCGGAAUGAAAAUACACGCAGAAGAACAAUAAA